AUGGACAUCGUAGACGACGACUUGAGCGAACAAGGGCCAACUCAAGACGCCCCUGCCCCUGACAUACAGGAGAAGAAGUGGUGGACGGACGACGACGACACCAACCUGCUCACCCAAGUCAACAACGAACGACCGUUCAUGCAAAGGAAGGACACGACCAAGGCGUGGGAGUCGAUGGCGGCUACCCUGCGGUCGGUGUUUGCAGUCGGCGUUUGUUAUGGAGGAUAG